GGAGCCUCGAUUGUGAAACGUGGAUUUGCGAUCCAUCCCAAACUAAAACGGAACAUUUCCGUAACACGAAGUACACAACAGGAGAGAGAUUGAGUCUUUGUGUAAACUGGAGGAGAAAAGAAUAUUUACAAUAUCCUUUAAAUGAACUGUGGUGACUGAGGGAGAUGCGUUUAGGUAACAGGUGGCACUUUGCUUUUGUGUCAGUUUCUUCUCCUUCUCCUCCUUCUUCUUCUUCUUCAUCAUCACCAUCAGUGGGGGAAUGUGCGUUUUGAACACGGGGGUCGCGCAGGUCGCACGUGCCAAAGGAACAACAGCAUGGACGCAGCGUCUUCGUGAACUUUAGAGGUGAGCGAUGCGCUGCUCAGAGCGGAGUCAAGAGUGAAAAGACGAGCUCCGAUGAAUGGACACCAGGAUGUUUUCUGGUCAGGAUGGUCUGAAUUACAGCUUCAACCUGAGCGAUGGGCAGGAGCUGCUGGACACGCCGGCGUACCGGGGCAGACUCUCCCCGACGGGCUUCACCGUGCUGUCCGUGGUGCUGGGCUUCAUCAUGACUUUCGGCUUCCUCAACAACUUAGUCGUGCUGCUCCUGUUCUGCAAGUUCAAGAAGCUGCGGACGCCGGUGAACAUGCUGCUGCUGAACAUCAGCGUCAGUGACAUGCUGGUGUGUUUGUUCGGCACCACGCUCAGCUUCGCCUCCAGCGUCCGCGGCAAGUGGCUGCUGGGGCGCAGCGGCUGCAGCUGGUACGGCUUCAUAAACUCCUGCUUUGGUAUCGUGUCGCUGAUCUCCCUGGUGAUCCUCGCUUACGACCGCUACAGCACUCUGACCGUGUACAACAAACACGGACCAAGCUACCGGAAGCCCCUGCUGGCCGUCGGGGGCUCUUGGCUGUACUCCCUGUUGUGGACAGUGCCCCCACUACUGGGCUGGAGCAGCUACGGCAUAGAGGGCGCAGGGACAAGCUGCUCCGUGUCAUGGACGGUUCGCACCGCGCAGUCGCACGCCUACAUAAUCUGUCUCUUCACUUUCUGUCUGGGUCUCCCGGUCCUGGUGAUGGUCUACUGCUAUGGUAGGCUGCUGUGGGCCGUCAAACAGGUGGGUAAGGUCCGGAAGACGGCGGCGCGCAGGAGAGAGUACCACAUCCUGUUCAUGGUGCUGACCACGGCCCUCUGCUACCUGCUCUGCUGGAUGCCGUACGGCGUGGUGGCCAUGAUGGCGACGUUCGGUCCGCCCCACAUCAUCAGCCCUGUGGCCAGCGUGGUGCCGUCGCUGCUGGCCAAGAGCAGCACAGUCAUCAACCCCAUCAUUUAUAUACUUAUGAAUAAACAGUUCUACAAAUGUUUCCUGACCCUCUUCCACUGCCCCCACUGGUCGUCGGACUACGGCAACACCUCCCUCGCUUCCAAGACGACGGUGAUCCAGCUGCACCGCCGCGUCUGCAGCAACACGGUGGCGUGCACCGCCCAGAUCUCCACCACCCUCAACCCGUGCAGCAGCACGCCGGGCACCAAGAGAACCACGGCCCCGGUGGCCAAAACCUGAGGAGCGCGGGGGGAACCCUCGGAGCGAACGAAUAAACCCCAUAACAAUGUGAACUACAGUGAAAUGUGGACUCCAAACCCCCAUGCAUUUUAGAUAAAUUAUUGAGUGUGAGCUUGUGUUGUGUUGUACAGACUCUGCACAUGAUGUCUUUUGAUCAGUGGAGCACCCUCUGUUAUUAUUAUCAUUAAUAAUAAUUAUUAUUAUUAUUAUUAUUUCUAACCUGUUUUUCUUGUGCAAAGCAAAAACCUUUCCGUCAAUUCUGCGUCUCCGUCGUUGUGUUGCUGUAAAUGCCAGAGGCGGUCAGUGGUAGAUUAGCGCUGCAAGACGGUGUUUAAGUGGAUCGAUGUACAUGUCGUUUGACUUUUGUCUCUUCUUCCUCUUUCCUCCACUGUUCUGCUCUCACUGUAAAUAUCCCAGUGCAUAUUAUGGUCUGCAUGUGACCUUCAAUUCGGUUCCUUUGUUUGUGUGGCUACGUUUUCUGUCGCAUGGUUUUUUGUUUUGUUUGUUUCUUUUGUGUUUGGUGCCUGAUGUUUUCAGAUGUUUCCUGAUUGCCCACAGUCCACCUGUCGUCGUCCCCCCCCUCC